CUGGUGGCGCGGAAUCAGAGCUGAACCGCUGAAGUGACACCGCAGCGCUUUAAAAUGCGGGACCGUUUGAUAUAAACGUAUUAUUCCAGGAAAUUAGUGGCCCGUGCUGUUUGAAUUUGAAGGACGUUGUGGAGAAGUGUCGCAAAAUCUGUCAGUUUUGGAUGAAAUUCACUUUUUUUCAGGGUCUGACAUGAGUCCACAGAAACUCGCCGCUGAUUCAGGGGUUCUGGAGGUCCGAUUCGUGGGAGAUGAAGAUGUGCUGGAUCACAUUGUUGAGAAACAAGAAGGAUCUAAAGCAUCUAGAGGUUCAGUACAAACUCUAGUGAGCCUGAAGAGCUCUAGAAAGCUAUUGGCAGACUCUGCUGAAGAAGAAGAAGAGGAGGAUGGAGUUUUUAAUGAGCAAAACUAUGUGGAAGCCCUUGGAACUGGAGCUGAAGCUGGAGAGGAGAAUGGAUCGGUCACUGCAGGUGCUUCAGUGUUCACGUUUCAGACCAUCAAACGCUCCAAUAAAAUGGCUCAGAUUGCAUCGGAGUGGGCUCGUACCCCUGGGAAAAGUGUCACCUUUAGUACACCCGGCAGUCCAGAGGAGGCACUCAGCCCUACCCGUGCAACUUGCAAGCUGGCCAGUGAAAACAAAACUCCUCAGAAGGGGAAGAAAGUGCAGUUUGUCUCUACAACUCCUCACAGAUUGAGAAAGAGGAUAUCAGCUCCAAACCUGAAGUCAGACAGUGACAGUGAUUUCUCCCCCUCAAACUCCGAGGAGGAGGCGGAGGAGGAGGAAGAUGAUGAUGAAAAGGGGGCAAAAGCUGAAGCUCAUCCGAAAACGCCCAGUAAGACGUCAGCAGAUGCCGCUGCUCUUUACAAGACACCGGCCAAGAAGAGCAAGAAAGCGCCUGAGUCCAACCUGGUGGAGGAAUACUUUGAAGCACACAGCAGCUCGAAGGUUCUGACGUCAGACCGGACUCUCCAGAAGCUCCAGACUCCAAAACUGGAUCGGGAAACACUGCUCAGAUUGCUGGGUGGGAAGCCCUCUUGUUACAUAGAUGAGAUCAAUGAGCUUAACAAAAAGCACGAGAAGAAUUUCAGCAAGUGGAUGCUGCAGUUACACAUGGGAUUCAACAUACUUCUCUAUGGUCUGGGUUCCAAGAAGUUUUUACUGGAGAAGUUCCGCACCACCAUCUUGUCAGACUCUGUCCACAUGGUGGUCAAUGGCUUUUUUCCAAGCAUUACUCUCAAAUCGAUUUUAAACGCAAUCACUGGUGAGAUGCUGGAGCAUGAAGGGACUUUUCGUACCCCUAUGGACCAAAUAGACUUCAUUGUGAAAACCCUUAAAAAAGAUCCAGACAACCACAUCUAUCUUAUCAUCCACAAUAUUGAUGGCCCCAUGUUGCGGGGUGAGAAGAACCAGCAGGCCCUAGGACAGCUGGCCUCCAUUCCCAACAUGCACCUGCUCGCCUCCAUAGAUCACAUCAACGCCCCUCUUGUGUGGGACCACACGAAGAUGAGCUGGUUUAACUGGCUGUGGUAUGAGACUACUUCGUUCCUGCCGUAUACAGAGGAGACCUCGUAUGAGAACUCGCUGCUGGUGCAGCAGACGGGCGCACUGGCUCUCAGCUCACUCACACAUGUCCUGCGCAGUCUUACACCAAAUGCCAGAGGGAUCUUCAGACUGCUUGCUGAGUUUCAGCUGGAGAACAAAGACAACCCUUCGUAUACAGGUCUGUCUUUUCAAGACUUUUACCAGCGCUGUCGCGAAGCGUUCCUGGUUAACAGUGACAUCACGCUGAGAACUCAGCUCACAGAGUUCAGAGACCACAAGCUCAUUCGCACCAAGAAGGGGGCUGAUGGAGUAGAGUACCUUCUCAUCCCUGUGGAUGCUGGAACUCUCACAGACUUCCUAGAGAAGGAGGAUGUCGAGUGAGCAGGGUUGAGUCAGAAGAAUCCUGUUUCAGUGUCUGCCUUUCUUUCAUCAAUGUUGACUGUACCUGUUUGGAAAACUCUGGAUAGACAGUAGUAAUCUGGCAUACACUGCCCUACUGCCCAGUUUGGUCAGAAUGAGAUUCAGUAGAACAGACUCAGAAUGUGACUUCUAAGGAUUCUAUUUCUGUUGUCAGGAACAGGAACCAUCUGAUUGGAAUGAUGUCGAACUUUCAAGUACUGGAUAUUGCUGUCCAUAGCACUUGUACUGUCGCCUUUUGCGGGUUAAUAAUUUAUAUUGUUUUGUAUACAGUGCUCUCUUUAUGUACUGCCAUGUACAGAGGUGUAAUAAAUAAGGUGCACUGCAAUUUAUUCACAUAAAAAAAAUACAAAUAUUAAAGACUCAAACAAUUUGCAUAUACACAUUGGUGGAACAUUUUCAUUAAAGCAAAAUAAUACAAGCAAACAUUUUUGUGAUUUGGUAACAACUGGAUGCAAGACAAACCCUAAUGAAACACAGUUAGCACUUGCAGCCCUGUUCAAAAGUUUGGAAUCACUUGCUAUACUAUUUAUGUUGUGUCAUUUUUUUCAGCUUCCUACAUGUUGUUUCAAACUAACAGACUUUUAACAUCGUUUUAAGUACGCAUCUACCACAUUUGUUACUGUAUUGCUCAAAACAUUGAUUCCAAACUUUUGAACAGUAAUGUACAUGUCUAUACAUGAGACCUUUGUCUCCAGAAUAAUUCAGUCUCUGCUGAAGGCAACAGUGUAAGAUGCAGUUGUGAAACAAUAUUAACACAGUCACAGUAUGCACUGCUCAUGAAUAGUAAAAAGCUGCUGCACUUUG